AUGACGGAGAUGAUAGAAAUAGAAUAUGAAUCAGAUGCACUGUAUGACACUGAUGUCAGUCUAGAUGAAGAAGACGAAGAAUUAAUCUGGAGAGUAUUUUUCAGUGCAUUAGAUAAAACCAAUAAUGAAGAAAACCUCGAUGAAGAAGAAGAAGAUUCAGAUGAUGAGGAGAACUAUGAUGAUAAUUAUGAUAACGACCAAAACAACCAGGAUGAGGAUGAAGACGACGAAGAUGAUGACGAGGAGGAUUUGACUGAUCUUUCUGAGAUUGAUGAUGAAGAAUUAGUUGAAAAAUAUCGAAAUCUAAAGAAAACCAUGGUGGAUAAGAACCUUACUGAAGAAGAAAAGAAACGAUUAUUAAUUGCCAAUUUCACUGAGGAUCAAAUGGAAAGAUUUGAAGCGUAUAGACGGAUGACGGUGAAUAAACCGGGUGUGAAGAAGAUAUGUAAUGGAGUCCUUGGUCAUUCUAUUCCUCAUAAUAUCGCCGUGGUUAUUGCCGGGAUAUCCAAGCUGUUUUUGGGAGAAGUUAUAACCAAAGCAUUUGAGAUCCAGGAACGGGAAAAUAAAGCGAGGUUGAUAUUGGAUAUUGAUGCCAAAAAGAAACAAAAACGAGAGAUUGUUCAUAGUUUACAACGAGGUCAGGACAUUGAAGUUGAUGAAAGAAGGUUGGUGUAUGAGGGUGAUAGGAUAGCGCCACUUCAACCUCAUCAUAUACGAGAAGCUUGGAGGAUAUAUAAAUUGGAAAAUAGUAGUGUUUUUUCAAAUCCGAAUAAACGUCAAGGAGACGCUGAUGGAUGGUAUUUUAGAUAG